CCCAGGGAUCCCACCCAAGACCAACCAGGCCUGAUGCUGCUUUGUCCCAGUGCCCAGGCAAAAGGCAAAAGGGGCCUGGGGCGAAAGGCGGGGCAGCCGUCGCUGGGCCCCUCUGCAGCCGCGGCUUCCUCAGGAAGACCCGCAGGAAAUGGGCGGAGAGGCGCUGCUGCGCGGAGGGUCGCGGCCGCCUGGGCAGCCAGCGGGGAGUUCUGCCGGCCGGGCCCCGGGACGAUGGAGCGCUGCUGGGCUCCGCUGUUGCUGGUGCUCGGCCUGCCGGGCACCGGGCGCGGCUCCCCGGCGCUGGAGCCCGGGGGAAAGCACGUGUGCAGGGCGGCGGAUAGCCUGCCCCCCGUCCUCAUCUGCUGCCCGGGAUGGAAGCAAGUGGGCCCCGAAUGCCCCCUUGCCCUCUGUUUGGGGGCUGACGCCUGCCGGGAGGAGGAGGUCUGCAUCCGCCCUGCUGUCUGCCGCUGCCGCCCUGGCUUCUUCGGGGCCAACUGCAGUGCCCGCUGCCCGGAGCAGUACUGGGGCCCAGACUGCAAGCAGAGCUGCCGCUGCCACCCCCAUGGGGGGUGCCAUCCAGCCAACGGAGUGUGCAGCUGCCACCCUGGCUGGUGGGGACCACUCUGCCAGUUGGCUUGCCUGUGUGGGCCACGAGGCCGCUGCCACCCCAUCACCGGGACCUGCCAGUGCGAGCCGGGCUGGUGGGCCCCUGACUGUCGGAGGCAGUGCCAGUGCAAUCUCUCUGGCUCCCGCUGCGAUCCAGUGACAGGCCGCUGUCUCUGCCAUCGGGGCUGGUGGGGCAGGCGAUGCUCCUCUUUCUGCAGUUGCAACAGCUCGCCAUGUGCCCAGGAAUCUGGCCGAUGUGAGUGUAAGGCAGGGUGGUGGGGGGCGGCCUGCCAGCACCCGUGCCGGUGUCUGCACGGCACGUGCUCACCCCAAGACGGACACUGCACCUGCGAUGCUGGCUACAGGGGCCAAAGCUGCACGGAGCCCUGCCCUGGCGGGACCUAUGGACCCCAGUGCACCCACAGCUGCGGCCACUGCAGGAGCCAAGAGCCGUGCUCCCCCACUGACGGGGCCUGCCUGGCCUGCGACCCUGGCUGGAACGGGACUCACUGCAAGCAGCCCUGCCCUCUGGGACUGUAUGGCGAGAACUGCACCUGGCCGUGCCCCCACUGUCGCCAGGGAGAGACUUGCCACCCACAGACAGGAGAAUGCCAGAGCUGCGAAGCAGGAUUCGUGGGUGCCAGGUGCGAGGCCCCCUGCUCCCCUGGCUUCUUUGGGGACGGCUGCCGGUCCUCUUGCCUGGACUGUUUCCAUGGGAGCUGCGAUCCUGUCUCUGGGACUUGCCUCUGCCAGGCUGGCUACUGGGGCACCAGCUGCAACCAGACCUGCCCAGAAGCCUUCCAUGGCCCCAACUGUUCAGCGGCCUGCCACUGCGCGGGGGGACCAUGCCACCCCCUCUCUGGAGACUGCCAGUGGUGGGUCCCAGGCCAGGAGGCCCUCCUCGCAGGCAUCCUGGGCCCCCUCCUGCUCCUGCUCCUGCUGCUGCUCUGCCUCUGCUGCUGUUGCUGCCACUGCUGUGGGGCAACCUCUAGGCACAGGGCACCAAGGGCCAAGUGGGACCCCUCCUCUCCAGCGAAGCAUCGCGCAAUGGCCUUGUUGCCCAGCCUCGCUUCCAGCUUGCCCUGCUUCUCGCAGGGGGGCUCGAAGCUUCCACGGGUGACAGUCACCCACCGUGACCCCGAGAUUCCCUUCAACCCCAGCUUCCUCGAAGCAACCUCUGCUGCCUGGCCCUCGGAUAGCUCCUUCUCCUCCUCCUCCUCCUCCGACAGAGCAAACGAAGAAAAGGGGGGCUGCCAAGGGCCACAGUCCACUCUCCCUCCCAGUGAAGCACCAGAGGGCAGCCAUCAACCUGGCCAUCUCCCUGAGGUGGCGUUGCAUCCCUUGCCCUUUGCCAUCCCUCGCACCUCCAGCAUUGCCAAGGGCAAGCGGCCCUCCGUCUCCUUCGCCGAAGGGACCCACUUUGGCUCUCAGUGUCCCGGGGUGCCCCCAGACGCCCUCCACCCCACCCGGAAGCAAAAUGCCUCUGAGAGUUCAGCCCACAUCGUUCCUCCUCUGCAGCCCAGCAGAUCUGAGGGGGUGUCAUGCGACUCCCUGGGCAGAAGCUGCUACAAGAACAUGGCCCCUGCUCCCUGGGAGGAGAGCUGCCAGGCCUCUGCGUGCCACAGUCCCAGUGGCCACAGGAGCCAGGCUGGUGGCUCCUGGCCCUGGCCCCUGGCACAGAGAGCGGAGACUCUGGAGGCAGCAUCCGUGGAAACUCCUGGCCCUGAGCCAAGCGUCAUCACCACCAUUUAUAUGACUGUGGGCCAAGCCAGAAGGGGCAGUGAGGGCCCCCCGCGGGCUAUCCAGCAGUGUUGGAGUGGGCUGGAGGAGACCGCCCAGUCCAGAAAUCUGCAGAAGCUGCCUUGGAGGGCUCUGGAUGCCAGGAAGGACACCCCAAGGAAGCCAGCCCCAGAGGCAGUCCUCAGCCUGGCUGACACUCAAGGCCUGCUGGUUCCUGAGGAGGCGGAGGGUGGAGGGAGCAGCCGCCCAGAGCCAUGACUGUGCCUGGAGGAGCAGUCAGGGGAGCAAGCAUGCCCUGCCCUCCCUUGUCUGUGGGAGGGAGUCAGUGAAGCUUCACGGGGCCCUGCUUGGAGGAUGCCAAUCCUGCCCGUGCCCUGGAGAAGGUGCCAGGCACCCCCUAGAAGGGAUCAGGCCCCCAUUUUAGAUCCUUUUAGAGGCAGCCCUGACCAUGGGAGAUGCUGAAGCUGGAGCCUGCCGGCAGCUGCCUAGCACCCCACAGAGAUGGGGCAUUUCCCUUCUCUUCUGAGGGGGCAGCUCAGAAAAGAGCCUUUGGCAACAGUUUGGCAUCUGGGUAUCUGAGGUGCUGCUGCUGCUGUGCUGUACUGUUAAAGCAACUGCCGAAACUGCCAGCACGCGCUUCCCUCCUCCGAGCGAUCGCCUCUUCAGCCUUGAAAGGGCCUGGGGAGCUGCCAGUGGUGGCCAGCAGGGGGUGCCUGCCACUGGCAGAGCACCAGCCUCACCCUUGGUAAGUCCCGGUUGGGCAAAGGAGGCCAGAGGCCAUGGCAGUCAGCCUGCCUGCCAGCCAGGAGGUGUGUGGGAAAGCUGAACUGGCAGCCUUGCCCCAAAGUCUCAAUGGGACCCCAGAGCAGAAAUGCUUUGCAAGCCAAGACCCGGAAGAGCACGUGGCGACCUAAACAAAACAUUCAUCGGAAGGACUCGACCUGAAUUGGGAUUAAAAUGAAUCAGAAGUAAAGUAAAGCUAGCAAAGCU